CUUCCCAGUGCGAGCCACGAGACGGUCCAAAAAUCACAACCGUCCGAUGAACUAUACCUGAGAUACGUUCCCAAUCAUGAACUGGAGACUUUCGCUCGUACAUAGCUGUGUUUUUCAAGUCCAGAAGUGCUUCGGCCAGCGAGGAAGCUGCCAUCACAAUGAACUACCCGCUACUUUCCAAGAACUGUGGGAAGGCGCAGGCUGUUCAGCCCUGGUGUCGACUCCACGUUGUGCUCCUGCACAAUGUACCGAAGUCUCUCCAGUGGAUUCACGAUCCCUUGGUACUGCGUCUCCAGCUUUGAGAUAUGAGCAUGUAUACUCUCCGCCCCUUGCUCGCCCAUUAGCCCUGCCCCCAUGUGCCAAU